UUGGCAACUCUGGCCACUACUUGGCACUUUUAUUAGUUUGUGACAAGAAAGAAAGAAUCUGUAAACUUUUUAGUGAAAAAAUGUCCUCUAAACGUUCAUGCGAUUUGCCAGAAAUUUUAGACGAUUCUCUGGCAAAGUCCGAGAGAUCCAGGACUCCUCCGGCGCUGGCCGAGAUCGGCUUGUGCAGUACCCGCCGGAUGACGCAGAUCCAGGCCCAACACCAGGUGAAGCAGACCAACCAGUUGGUCGGUAAUGGCGGCGAAGAUGAGCUUUUCGUGAAGCGACCCGUUUUCAACCGGGUCCGGGCCAAGAAGCCGACUAAAUGUCACAAGACAGUUGCCACGGAUUCCUUUCCGGCGUUUCCGACGGAUGAUGACUCGCAAAUAGAUGACUCACUACCCGGGGGCAAGAGGUUGAGCCAUUUCUUGGAGCAACUCUCCUCGCACCGCUGGAUCUGGUGCGAGUUCGUGGAGUCGUUCCUGGACAAGCCCAUAAUGGCCAUUGCCUACGACAUGGAGCGCUUCAUCCACGAGUGCUGUCCCAUGAUAGUGACCCGUUGCAUGCCCCGUCGUGGCUGGCAGCUCCUCCGCCGGAACAUGGGUAAGGCCAGGCGCUUCUCGCCCGCUUUCAUAGAGCUGGAACGGCUGGAGCUGGAGCGCUCGCGCCGGAUUGUCAGGGAGUUGCAACAGUGCCGGUUCAACAACGAGGAGGACGGGCCCUACAUGGAACAGAUUCCGAAGCGCAUACCCUUGCCCCUGAGCAUUGGCACGAAGGUGACGUCCUUUAUGGAAGGAUACUGCAAAAUGGGCAUUAUCGACGGCAAGGUCAUGAGCUAUGAUCUGCAGGACAACAGCUACAUGGUGCGCUUCGAGAUGCAGGGCAAGGAGAUAGUGGUGCGCCUGCCCGAUUACCGCCUCCACGCGGACAAGAACUUUGCUGGCCUGCCGCUACCCAUUUUGCUGCACACCAUCGAGGCAGGUCCUUCCGCGGCGGAGGAGGACGAACCGCCUGAGCCAAUUGGCGAUAAUCGUUACAGCAGGACCCUGCUGGAAGCUUUGGUCAAGGUCAAGAAACUAAUGGACAUCAAGCAGAAGGCCAUGUUGGAGAUAGCCAAGAUGAACGAGGACUAUGUGGAGGGCAGCAACCAGUCGGUGUACACCUCGACCUCCACCCGUCGCGAUCUCAAGAUGACCCCGCAGCGGGAGAAGCUCCAGCGUCGCUAUGCCGCCAAUAUGAUUACUCUGCACCGCGUCAACACGGAUGUCGUGGCUCCGCUGAAGAUCCUCCACGAGCACCUGGCUGCCUUCCACAAGCAGCAGCAGAAGGAGCUGGCCUCCAAGCGCCGUCCUGCCGGCGAUAUCUACCUCAAGUGCCGCAACCAGGCCGAAAUGGACAUCAAGAGCGCGGAGAUCGAGAAGAACCUGAAAAUAGAAUCGGAGUCGGCGAGGGAUUUGGUCUUCAACCUACAGACCCUUUUGUACGUCAGCGGGGAGCUGGGUCGGGACAAUCACACCGACAUGGAGCUAAUCCUCAAAGACCUGGUGGACCGUGUGGUAGAGCACCAGCCUCCCGGCGUCGGCAAUCACUUCAAGGAGCUGUGGGAGGAGGUGGAACCACUGCGUCAGCGCAUGAUAGCCACUUUUAAGCUGCCCCCGAAGCCGGAACGCUUCCACAUCACCCAGCAACAGCCGCAGCAGACCGAGGACGGUAUCUUCACGUUUGUGGUGGAGGCACAGCCUCCAGAUCCCAUGCUGUACGGCCUACCCGGCAUGUAAGAGCCUCUGUCUCUGCCGGAAAAUAAACCUAUGCCCCUUAUUUAUGGCUCAA